UAGAGUUGUGCUAUGGCUGGGAGUUGAGUAUUUUAGAUAACUUUACAGUUUUAUUUUGCGUACAACCACUGCCAUUGAAUGGACAACAGAAAUUGGCAGUCGUGGUGCCAGAGAAUAUCGAACUUCAGUUGAAUGCCAUGGAUUAGUCUCUCCUCUUUCCACCCGGAAAAAGGGGUUAGUGGGGAGGAAGCUCUUCACAUGCUCAAAUCAGUUAGCAAGUAGCGGCUUGAUGGCGCUCAGUGUGUUCCCAAUUCUGGUAUUGUCGCUAUACUAACCUGUCUUUCACAAAAAAGAAUUACGACUUAAAAGUCACCCUUCACUGAGGGUAAAGGGGUUCUCAAGAAGAACUAUAAAAAUAGCUAACUCUCUGGGUUGCCUCGGCUGUAGCUACAUUUCACGUAAGGACUUCUGCGGAUACCAUUUUCUCAGAGUCCUUUACGACCAUAAGUAAAACUAAUCAUUGUGACGAAGCUAUGGAGAUUCUCCCAGUACUUGACCCACUAGAUAAACCCAAAGAAAGACUAUGGUAUUCCUUGAUACCCAGAGGAAGUGCUCCAGGUGUUAGUGUGGGUCACACCUGCACAUUUACUCCAUGUGGAGAAGGAGGAAAAGGAAGAAUACUUAUUGUUGGGGGAGCCAACCCCAGUGGCAGUUUCUCACAUUCCCAGAUCAUAAAUCUAGAUAACCAUGAAUGGGACAUUCCAGACUGGGAGGGUUUGGAGGCACGUUAUGAACACUGCAGCUUUGUGCCAGAGAGCUGCCCACAGAGCCUGUGGGUGUUUGGGGGGGCACAGCAGAAUGGCAAUCGCAGUUGUAUCCAGAAUAUACAGCUUAAAGACAGUGGGUCUCACUGGAAAGAUGUAUCGGUAAAAGGGAAACCCCCCUGUCCCAGGACGUACCACACCAACUCAGCCUGUCUUGGGGACAGAUUGUAUGUCUUUUUUGGUGGUGAAGCAGGAGCUGAACCUGUGUCAGACCAAAAACUUCAUGUCUUCGAUGCAGUGUCUUCCACCUGGUCCCAACCAGAAACACAAGGCAGAUGCCCACCAGCCAGACACGGCCACAUUAUUGUAGCAGUGGGCUCAAAGAUCUACAUUCAUGGAGGCAUGGCUGGAGACAAAUUCCACAGUGACAUGUACUGUCUUGACACAGGUAAGCCUGAACAUUGUCAGAAGAUUUCAGUUUCCCAACUGCCUUGCAUUUAUUUCAACUCUUACUUGGAUGCUUCAAAAAUUGUAUAUCUGGAAAAAAUAAGAGUGUGUCCACUAUUUAAAGGGACCAUGAAGUGGGAGACAGUGCGGGCCAAAGGAGACAUCCCACCAGGAGUAGCAGCACACUCAGUUGUGGUGCUGGGCAAGAACAUUUACAUCUUCGGAGGGAUGACUGCAGAUGGAGCUAGCAACUCCAUGUACAAAUUCAACACUGACAAAGGUAGAUGGGUCCUAAUGAAAUUUGAAGGAGAUAUGCCACCGAACCGCCUAGACCACUCCAUGUGUUUAUUGCCAUGGAAGGUGUGUGAUGAGCGAAACGGAGAUGAGGGGCGAGCAGACAGCCCAGCGGGAUCAGAGACAAUACAUCUGGCCUUUGUAUUUGGAGGGAUGGACACCCAUGGUGUCAUACAUAAUGAUUGUAUUGUGACUGUGGUAACAUGAUGUGCCUUGGUGUUGUAAUAUUAAUUUACUGAAGUUGUAAUAAAAAGUUUAGUACUAUGUAGUUUGUCUUUUUAAUCUGAAACCCUAAAACUGCUGCAGAAGUCAAUUUAUUUUUUGAACAUUGAAAUGAACUUUGUUUAGCAAAUACUACAGAGUUCUGAAGCAUAAAUCUGAGAGGUAAAAAAAGGCCUCAAAUUUUAAUUUGAGCCAGUGGUGAAUACCUUCAAGUGGACACAGUAUUCAGUGAUUAGGAACAUUUCAUGGUCUAUGCCAAAUGUAAUACCCUAAAAUUGUAAAUGAAAGCAACAAGAGACAAUGAAGUAUCAUUUUAUAUCAAACAUUUAUUUCAAUGUCUUUCCAGAAGUACGAUGACCAGAUUCAAUAAAUAACUUUUAGCUUUGCCUGUGAACAUAAUGAGCCCUUGAUCCCACAGACACCUACUCAAUGGCCCCACAAAAACUUGCC